AUUUUCCCCAGCGUUAGCCACUUAUAGGCUGAAUGGAAUUGAAUUAGCUUGCCAUAAUACAAAAUAUAAUUCAAGGAAAUACUUUUGUAUCAUUUUACUGCCAACAGCCUAAUUAUUUAUUGUCAAAAGACUUAGAUAUAAUUAACCAAAUAAGAGUACACAAUCACCCUGACCUUAUCAAAUUUGUUUGAUUGUACUUGGUGUAUAUAUAUUUCUGAAAUUCUGCUGUUUGCUAGAAGGUUAAUUUGGACUGGAAUAGAAUCGCCUCAUCAUAAAAAAAGAGUCUCAUCAUUUAAUAGCAAUUCACUUUUGUUAGCAGACAAAGGUAAAAGAUUGCAGGAUGUCCUUUCUCCAUACUUUUGCUCUUUUUUGUGGUGUAUCAAUAAUAGCAAUCAGUGCUCAGAUGAGCAAGGAUCCUGAACAAAAAACAUGUGCUUUCAUUACAUGUGAAUCCAUGGGAAAAGUGGGACCACCAGGCAAAAAUGGACUGCCAGGAGCAAGAGGGGAGAAAGGAGAGCGAGGACUGCCAGGGCUGAGAGGUCCAGCGGGGCCACAAGGACUUCCUGGGCCAAUGGGGCCAAAAGGAGAACAGGGUUCACCAGGUCCAAAGGGUGACAGAGGAGAAAGUUCUGCUCCAGCCGUGGAAGCUCUUAAACUCCAAAUAUCCUCACUAGAUGGACGGCUGAGUUCAUUGCAGUCGAGACUCGAGACUGAGAGGAAAGCUUUUUUAUUUGCGAGUGGAACAAGCAGUGCGGGCAAAUUCUAUGUGACAAAUGCACAGGAAGGAAAUUAUUUUGAUGGAAAAUCUAUCUGCAACAAGGCUGGUGGUCAGCUGCCUUCCCCAAAGAGUGCUGCCGAGAAUGAAGCUCUCGCAGUAUUAUCUGCACGCCGCAAGAAGCAAUUUUUCCUAGGUAUAAAUGAUUUACAAAAAGAAGGCACUUUUAUGUAUCCAGACAACAAAAAAAUUGGCUACAUUAACUGGGACGCUCUUGAACCCAAUAAUGACAAAGGUGUAGAAGACUGUGUUGAAAUUUACACCACUGGAAAAUGGAAUGACAAAAGUUGUCAAGAAAUCCGUCUUAUUGUAUGUGAAUUUUCAUCCUAACUGAUGAACAUACUGCAAAUUAUACAAGUAAAUGAUGCUUCUGGCAUUUAGUAGUACUUUGCACCUUAAUGUUAAAAAUGUCAUUUAUCAAAUCUAAUACAAUGCUCUAACCCAAAUAAAUCAAUAAAUCUGUUUAAAAUCGA